AUGCCUUUCUGGAGUUCUGCACCUUCACUGGCCCCUGUGAAAGCUAGCUCUGCUCAACCCGUGAUUGCAUCGGAUAGUCAAAAGAUUAAACAAGAUAUACAAAAUCAAAUCAGUCAGGAAUUGGCGAUUGCUAAUGCUACCGAGUUGGUUAGAACGAUAACGGAAAACUGUUUUGAUAAAUGUGUUACCACUCCUCAGGCUCAGUUUGACAGUGUGCAAGAGACUUGCAUUGCUCAAUGCAGAGAGAAAUACAUGAGAUCUUGGAAUACAAUCUCGAGGGCGUACAUCGCUAGAAUACAGAAUCAAUCAUAA